UUAUUUAUUUAUUUAUUUAUUUAUUAUUAUUAUUAUUAUUUUUAUUCAAUUAAUUUAGAGUAAAGAUAAUUAGGAAAAGUAAAGAUUUAAAUAAUAAGUGCGUUGUAAGUGUGUGCAUUUUAUGUUUUAUCAAUCAUAAGUAUCAUAAGUGAUUUUAUGGAGGUGAAAAAAUAUUUUAAAAGAUUUGUCCAAAGUAGAGCAUUUUACCAAAUUUCUUACCUACUUUCAAGUACAUCCUUCCACUUACUAAUGAGGUGGAAUACAUAUAUUUGCAUGCUAAUAUGCAUAGUUUAAUGUUAAAAAAAAUGUAUAGUUUAAUGUAAUGGGAUGUUAUUAGAAUGGUUUUCAAAUUUCAAUUACCAUGUAAUGUGACAGACAUACUGGUUACCAUUUUCAUUAAUUUAAGUAUAGAACAGAUAUUGCUCGCAUGACAGCUCAUUUGGUCACAUGAGUGAAGUUUAAGAAAAAAGACCAUAAUUUUUAUUAGGCAAUUAAUAGCACAUAAGAGUUCUCUUAAAAUAAUAUUUACUUUAGUAUUACAAAACUAUAAAUAAUCAGUCAUUUACUCAUUUUUACUCUGUUUUGCCACCGAAAAUAAAAAACCAAGAAAAGUGAAACAAGAUUCCCACAAUAUACCUGGUAGUUUUUUUCCAUGGAAUGGAACCCUUUCCUUCAUUCAUCCUAUCAGAAACAAUCUUAAUUCUAAAUAGAGUUCCUGCAUUUCAUUUGAUGGGUUGAAGAUCGGCAUUUUUAGGUUACCAUAUAUCUCAUCGUUUUUUUUUUUUUUGGUUUUUAACGGAGUUUUCUGGGAAAGGGAAAGAAAGAAUUUUGCAUGAAAAGUAUACACACACAACUUGUAUGUAUCUGUAAAAUUCUGUUUAUUUUCCCUCUGUGUUUUCUUGGAAUUGUUGGAGCUGGAUUGAAGGCAAAGGUGGAAAGGCUGUGUGGGUGUUUGGUGCUUUUUGUUCAAGAAUUUAUCUCCCUAUAUAUAGUUAUAGGUUUGUGGUGUGUAUCUAAUGAAAUGAGAAGGAUAAUAGAAUGGGAUUGGAAGAGUAAAGUGGAGAUCAAUGGGCGAGGUAAUGGUCCGUUCUCUCAUCAAUUUUGUUGCCAUUGUUUGUGUUCUGGUAGUCAUUGAUUCAGACGUGAAGCUUUUAGGGAUUGGGGGAUUUUGUAAUGCUCAAGAGAUGGAUGACAAUAUGGUAGAGCAAAUGUGGAUUGGGUAUUUGGAAGAAUUAGAGAAGAUUUCAGAUGAUUUUCAGACUUUUUCUGGUUGGUCUAGUUUUCCUAGAAAAUCCUUAAGAGAUAAAAAGUUAUGGCACAAAGUUUUACCUCCUACUUCUUCUGCUUCAUCUCCAAGGGCUGAAGCAAUGCUGCCCAUUUUCACUCCUCCUGCUCCUGCUAGCUCACCCUUGUUGAGUUUCGAGUUUCCUUCAUUGUCUCCCAACGAAAAGCGUCUCUUGAAGUCUGUUUUGCCUUUACCUAUUGGCCACUCGCCUCCGAUAAGUCCCCAUUUCAUUCCUCCAAUGCCAAAAAGUCGUCCUCAAAAGCCAAAACUUCAUCCUCCUCCAAUGCCAAGAAUUCAUCCCCAUCCAAUGCCCAAAAGUCAAAAUCAUCCAAUGCCAAAAAGCCCUCCUCAAAUGCCUAGAAGUCAUCCUUCAAUGCCAAGAAGUCAUCCUCCUCCAAUGUCGAGAAGUCAUCAUCCUCCAAUGCCAAGAAGUCCUUCUCCUCUAAGGCCAAGAAGUCAUCCUCCUCCAAUGCCAAGAAGUCAUCAUCCUCCAAUUCCGAGAAGGCAUCGUCCUCCAAUGCCAAGAAGUCCUCUAAGGCCAAGAAGUCAUCCUCCUCAAAUGCCAAGAAGUCAUCCUCUAAGGUCAAGAAGUCCUCCUCCUCCAAGGCCAAGAAGUCAUCCUCCUCUAAGGCCAAGAAGUCAUCAUCCUCCAAUGCCAAGAAGUCAUCCUCCUCCAAGGCCAAGAAGUCAUCAUCCUCCAAUGCCAAGAAGUCCUCCUCUAAGGCCAAGAAGUCCUACUCCAAUGCCAAGACAUCAUCAUCCUCCAAUGCCAAGAAGUCAUCAUCCUCCAAUGCCAAGAAGUCCUCCUUUAAGGCCAAAAAGUCCUACUCCAAUGCCAAGAAGCCAUCAUCCUCCAAUGCUAAAAAGUCCUCCAAUGCCAAAAAUUCCUCCUCAAAUACCAAAACUUCCUCUUCCUCCCACCACAAGCCCUCCUCCAAUGCCAAAACCUCCUCCUCCUAGUCCUCUUCCAAUGGCUGAAGCAGUGUUGCCCAUUUUCACUCCAGCAUCCACUCCUAGUGUUCCUGCUAGCUCACCCUUGAAGUCUGUUUUGCCUUUACCCAUUGUUCACCCACCUCCAAUAAGACCACCGAUCAUUCCUCCCAUGCCAGAAGGUCCUCCUCCAAUGCCAGAAAGUCCUCCUGAAAUGCCAAUAUUUCCUCCUCCUCCAAUGCCAAAAAGUCCUCCUAGUCCUCUUCGUCCUCCUCCUCAUAAUCUUCCUAGUCCUCCUAAACCACAAGAUUAUGAUCAUGUUCCUUCCAAGGAUGACCAUGAGAAGAAAAAGACUAUAGUUUCUGCUGUUGCUGGUGGGACUGUGGGAGGGAUUACCCUUGUAGCUCUCAUAUUGGUAUGUUUUGUCAAAAAAAGAAACAAAGAAGGGCAAGAGCUUGAGCAAAUAGAUGGCACAAAUGGCACAAAUGGCACGGAUGGCACAAAUGGCAUAGAUGACACAAAUGGCAUAGGCGAACACGUUCUUAACUUAAGUUCAGUUGAUCACAUUUCUGCAGGAGCUAAACAGAUGCCUCAGAGCAACGAAAAUCCUCCAGGGAAUGUGAAGGAAUUGAACACUUCAUCCACUCUUGACAGUCCCUUGGUGAAACCUGAUAUGAUUGAUAGCCAUACUUCUACUUCUUCUGCAAUUGAAACUAAAACUCCAGAAUUAACUGAAGCAAAAUGUGCAUCUUCACUUCUUCCGCCUCCGCCCCGACUUUCUGCUCAAGGACCUGUUCAACCGCCAAAAUGUGUUCAGGCUCCAGCUCCACCAAAAGGUGGUCAGCCUCCAGCUCCACCAAAAAGUGGUCAGCCUCCAGCUCCACCAAAAAGUGGUCAGCCUCCAGCUCCACCAAAAGGCGGUCAGCCUCCAGCUCCACCAAAAGGCGGUCAGCCUCCAGCUCCGCCAAAAGGCGGUCGGGCUCCAGCUCCACCAAAGCCUCUGGCACCAAACAUCAAAGGACGUUCUUCCGGAGCAGGAAGUGAAUCAGGCGAUUCUGGUAAAGCUAAACUGAAGCCAUUUUUCUGGGACAAGGUUAAUGCAAGUCCUAAUCGGACGAUGGUUUGGCAUGAGCUCAAGUCUGGCUCGUUUGAGGUUAAUGAGGAAAAGAUGGAAUCAUUGUUUGGAUAUCGAAUGGUAGAUAAAAACCAUAAUGAGCGCAAGAAGAAAGAUGUAUCUCCAUUUGAUUCAACCCCACAUUUUAUUCAGAUUAUUGAAGCUAGGAAGGCACAGAACUUGGCAAUUCUUCUUAAAGCCUUGAAUUUGACCACAGAAGAAGUGUGUGAUGCUCUCAAAGAGGGCAACGAGUUGCCAUCGGAAUUUGUUCAGACUCUUUUGAAAAUGGCACCAACAGAAGAUGAAGAGCUCAAGCUUCGGCUGUUCACCGGAAACCUUUCUCAGCUUGCUCCAGCUGAUCGCUUCAUGAAAGUGUUGGUCGGCAUCCCCUUUGCCUUCAAAAGGAUGGAAUCACUGCUGUUCAUGACUAUAUUCCAAGAAGAAAUUUCUUCCGUUAAACAGUCCUUUGCAACCUUAGAGGUAGCAAGUAAGGAGCUGAGCAACAGUAGACUCUUCCUUAAACUCCUGGAAGCAGUUCUGAAGACUGGAAACCGAAUGAAUGUUGGCACCUACCGGGGUGGAGCCGAGGCAUUCAAGUUGGAUACACUCUUGAAACUAUCAGAUGUUAAAGGAACUGAUGGCAAGACCUCACUUCUGCACUUUGUUGUUCAAGAAAUCAGUCGUUCCGAAGGCCUAAAAUCUGCCCGGAGAUUGAAGCAGAAUAUGAGUCUGUCUAGUGUGAGAACAGAAGACUGUGUAGAGGAGAGCAGCAGAAAGGAAUCUGCAGAGUACUAUCAAAGCCUCGGUUUACAGGUACUUUCCAAGCUAGGCGAUGAGCUUGAAAAUGUAAAGAAAGCAGCCAUAAUUGACCACGAUAACCUCGCACAAUCCGUUGCCAAACUCAAGCACUCACUCUCAAAAGCCAGGGAUUUUCUAGACACUGAUAUGAAGAGUGUAGAAGGAGAAACGGAGUUCAAGGAAACGCUCGAGAACUUCUUGAAGCACGCGGGGGAGGAGAUCACAAGGCAGGUAGAAGAAGAGAAAAGGAUAAUGGAAAUGGUGAAGAACACCGGAGAUUACUUCCAUGGGAAGACAGGAAAGGACGAAGGCACUCGCCUCUUUGUGAUUGUUCGCGAUUUCUUGGUAGCACUCGACAAGGUCUGCAAAGAAGUGGAAAAGUUGAUAAAACCCGCAAACACUACUCCUGGGAAGGGUGAAUCCCAAAGUGCACGAUUGCGUGAUAUUCCCCAGCAACUAUUCCCCGCCUUCAAGCCACAACUGGCAGGCGAUGGUUUCAGUUCAGACGACGAGAGCUCAUCCCCAUAAAGCCGCCUCAGUUCAGGUAGAAUAAAACUAUCAAUAGAAAAACAUAUCUUCUUCGUUACUCCCUCUCAGAGCUAGGAAUGAAGAAUGCAUAUAAUAGAAUAGCGAGUGGUGGUCACGAGCCACCCCGAGUAGAGUUAAAGAGUGUACAUGAUUAGUCAUCUGUAUGUAUUAGCUCAAAUCUAAGCAUAGCACAACCUUGUACCUCAGUUUAAGGUUCUAUUCACUUGUUAAUGUAGCCUGUUGAGUUGUUGUCCCCUUUACACAUUUCUUUGGUUUUAUUCACUUGUUAAUGUAGGUUGUUGAGUUGUUGUCCCCUUUA